AUGACGGCCGCGGCGUCGCGCGCGCGCGAGCGCGCCACCACCGACGACGACGACGACGCCGACGACGGCACGUCCGAGCCCGAGCACGGCGAUUUGACCGAGUCCGCGGCGAACGCGAUGCUCGGCGUCGACCCCGAUCGCGGGUCGGUACCGAGCGGACCGCCGGCGGUGCUCCUCUUUGGAUUUCCCGAACGCGCGACGGCGGAGACGCGCGUUUUACUCGACGAGCUCGGUGGCUACGACGUCCCGGUGAUCCCGCUCGGGUCCGAACACGCGUGGAGAACGCUCAGGGCGUGCGCGAUGGAGCCAGAGCCGGAUUGGACGCGGCCGAGGGUGGACGACGGGCUCGCGGGCGGCGGCGGCGGCCCGUCGCGGACGCUCGCGUUCAGCGGAUUGGAUCUGGGAGAGAUCGCGUUGAUCGUGAGCGCGAUCGAGGCCCGGGGAGGGGCGAACGUGCCCGUGGUCAUCGCGAGCGAGGAUAACCUGGAUAAACCGCUCGGCGAGGCGCUCGCGGGGGCGCUGACGCGGGCGCGCGAGGCGCGACGACGACGACGACGAGACGUCGGGAAAGACGACGCCGGGGCGCGCGCGCGCGACGCCGCGUCUUCUUCUUCGGUGGAAACCGUCGUGGACGGCGCCACAUCGACGCCCGCGCCGUCGCCGACGCCGUCGUCGUCGGAGUCCGCGUCGCCCGUCGCCUCGCCGAGCGCGUCUCGCCCGAGCGUCGUCUCCGAGUCCCAGCUUCGCGAGAUCGCUCGCGCGCGCGGCGUGGACUACGACGCACUCCUCGCCGACGCUCGAUCGAAGG